UAACAAAAACGCUAAAUCUUUCCUCUCCACUCCAUAAUCAUGAUAAUUAGACAGUGCAUUUAUAAUAAAAUUGUCAUUCUACCUAUCCAUCAUAAACUUGAUCAAUAUCAACAAAAGGUCAAUAGGAUUGUUAAGAUACAUGCGUUUUAUCAAUACCUCAUCAGACAGUAUAGGGUGAUACUGAAAUUCAUCACAUUGAAAAAUAACUAAUUGUUUUAAUUUCUGUUAAUUAGUCAUGUACACAUCUUUAUUAUUUUUAUAAAUAUGACUUGUUUUCAUCACAUUUCCAAUCCCAAGUUAAUUAUUCCAACCCAUUUACUUCAUUAAUGAGAUAUAAUAAUUAGUUCCCUGUCCUGCCAUGGGCCCAUGGGAAGAGAAACAUCUUGACAGACAAUUUAAACCGAAAUAAAUUAGUGUGCCCCAUAAAACAAAUGUUAUAUAUACCAGGUAAGUGUGCCUAGACUUACUAAUUUGAUAAAAAAUAAUGAAAUAAACUUAGUCAAACUUAUUUUCUGAGGUCACUUUAUAUAAAUCUCAGUAGUAUAACUGUUUAUCAUCAAUAUUCUAAUAAUGAUGAAUUUCAUUUACUACUAAAAAUCAGUUGUAUGAUUUGAAAUCAUCAUUUUUAAAAAUGAUGAAAUUCAGUCUCACCCCUAUCUGUUAGAGUGGGACUAUUUUUAUCACAUGUUCACUGCAUAGUUUCAUACAGUAAGACUGUUUGUGCAAAGUUUUACCUUUAACACAAGUUUUCAUUCAUAAUAAAAAAAAGUAUAAUUUUAAAUUUUAAAACAUAUUCAUGAAAAACAUGUUUUCUUCCUUACCAUUCCUAUGUAAUGUCAUUUGCAUAUAUUUCUGAAAAUCUUGUUCGAAAUAAUUUUUGUGCAAUAUCGAAGACCUAAAAUAACCAAGUAUCACGUUGAGUCUGGAUUUUAAUGUUAUAAAUAAAGUAAUUUCCUCCUGAAGACAUUUGCUAGUCAGUCUGGUGUUUUGAUGACUGUGCAGAACAAAAACUAUUUUCUUGAAGCAAAAACUAGCAGGAAACUUAAGAGUCGUCUGAAGCAUUUAAUCUUCCCCUUCGUAAAUUAAUUAAGUCUCUAUGUGACUGAUGUCAGGUGACUUUUGGGGGAGACAAUAUGUAAGUCUAUAAAAGAUUCUGUCCUGCUUAAUCAACAUCACGUUCACAAGAAAUACAUGAACACAUUGAUACUAGUAUGUCUUGGAAUAAAUCUAGGAAUUACAAACAUUAUCUGGAAUAACAAUGAAAUGAUUUGGAAAAAUAGCGGAAAUGCCCAAAACCGGCGUGAUCACUAUAUAUAGAAGACUUGCAAAGAGUUUCUGCAUUAAGAAAGGUACUAAGAUAAUCAACAAACAAUGAAUGCCCCUGUCUGGCUGACUCUCGUCCUUGUCUUACUGACUAGAUGCUGCCUCCCCCACCCCGUCUCCAGGUGUCGCGGCUGCCACAUAUUUGACCCCCCGUUCCGGGGCUUGGAUUACUCGGAUUACGACGAUUCGGAGCGUCUGGACACCCAGUCGAUCUGUCCCUGGUCCACCAUCAUGGUAGAGGACAACGACAGGGUCCCGCGUCAGCUACCCUCCACCACCUGCACCAAGUCCUCAGUGGUGUUCCAGCUGAACGGCACGCCUGUGGAGUACGCGUGUGAACUCGUGGAGGUGACGGUGUCCGUGCUCAAGUACCACCCCUCCGGCUACUGGGAGAGGAGCGAUGAACUGGUCCCCGUGGCCUGUACCGCCGUCCAGAGACCCAGCUAACGAGAGCACCUGUCUAGGUAUAAUCUACUCAAUAGUUCCAAGGUUGUGGAUUUACUAUUUAUAUGACAAGUUUGUCGUCAAGACAUUCCGACGUUUGACCAGACUUGAUAUUAAGGGAUUUGUGCAAUUUACAAUGGAGCGAUUAUUUUCACACGUGGCAUUGAUCUGUCUCGGCGUUGGACAUUCGUAUUAUUUUAUUUUGCUAUUUAUUAAGUUCGUAAGAAUGGUUUUAAUUUUGCGUUUUUUAAAGUGUGAUAUGGUGAAAUAAUGGUGAAUUAAUGUGUUGUCUUUUAUCAGUAUGUAUCAAAUCGAUAUAUAAAUGCGCGUUUUAUUUUGUCGUCCCAAGAGUAUUAUGAACAAUUGUACCGAGUAAUGUGGCCUUUAUGUAUAUGAAAUGAACAUUGUUAAUUAUCUGGGCAAUCUUCUAAUAACGUCUAUACAUAUAUCCUCGAGGAUCAUUUCAUGCUAUAUUGACCAUCGAUUCCUUUAUUACGAAUUCAUCCUUCUAUUGUGCUUUUAACCUUGUCGUUUUAUUUGAUAACUUUAUUUUGUUAUGGGCAUUUAAGAACUUAUCUAGUUAUAUUUUUAAAACUUUUGCUUGAAUUUUUACAUUCUAUGGUUGUGUUAUAUAUUAAAAUCUUUUGUAUAUGUAUAUUUUCAUUUAUUACUUAAGUUAUUCUGAAGGCUACAUGUAUUUUGCCUAAUAAAACUGAUAAAUUAUUUACCAUUUACUUCGAGCUAUUUUUCUUGUAAAACUAACAAACGAUUGGAUUUUUGUACACAUAACGAGAACUAAAACAAAUGUCGAAUUCCGUAAAGAUUUUAGUCAAUUAAAUUCGGGAUAAUU